AUGGGUAAUGUUUGUGUAGGACCGAACCUUUCUGGAAACGGUUUCUUGCAAACUGUUUCAGCUGCUUUGUGGAAGCCACGGAUCGGAGCUGAGCAAGCUUCUUCCCAUGGCAAUGCACAACAAGUUCCCAAAGAAGCAGCUGCAGAAGUUUCCAAGGAAGCAGUACCUGAUCAAGUCCAGAAUAAACCCCCUGAGCAAGUCACUAUGCCUAAUCCUAGCUCCAUUCCCGAAGCUGAAACCAAACCCAAACCCGAACCUGAAGAAGCCAAGCAAGAAGUUGUUGUGCAGGUGGAGACAUCAACAAAGCCUGAACCCAAACCAGAGCCAACAAAACCUGAAUCCAAGCCUGAAACCAACCCGGAGACGAAACCUGAUCCCAGCAAGCCUAAGCAUAUGAGGAGAGUAUCCAGCGCAGGCCUCAGAACCGAGUCAGUGUUACAGAGAAAGACCGAAAACUUCAAAGAGUUCUAUUCAUUAGGAAGGAAACUCGGACAAGGACAGUUCGGGACAACCUUCUUAUGCCUCGAGAAAGGCACCGGAAACGAGUACGCGUGCAAGUCCAUCUCCAAGAGGAAGCUUUUGACAGAGGAGGACGUGGAAGACGUUAGAAGAGAGAUUCAGAUAAUGCAUCACUUGGCUGGUCACCCUAACGUUAUAUCCAUCAAAGGAGCUUAUGAGGAUGUUGUGGCGGUUCAUCUUGUGAUGGAGUUGUGUUCGGGCGGCGAGCUUUUCGAUAGGAUUAUUCAGCGUGGACAUUACACUGAGAGGAAAGCAGCUGAGCUGGCUAGAACCAUUGUUGGGGUUUUGGAGACUUGUCACUCUCUUGGUGUCAUGCAUAGAGACCUCAAGCCUGAGAAUUUUCUGUUUGUUAGUAGAGAGGAAGAUUCUUUACUGAAAACGAUCGACUUUGGACUCUCGAUGUUCUUUAAGCCAGAUGAGGUUUUUACAGAUGUUGUUGGUAGUCCAUAUUAUGUAGCCCCAGAAGUUCUUAGAAAGCGUUAUGGUCCUGAAUCAGAUGUGUGGAGUGCUGGUGUCAUUGUUUACAUUUUGUUAAGCGGUGUUCCUCCUUUUUGGGCCGAAACCGAACAAGGUAUAUUCGAACAGGUCCUUCAUGGAGAUCUUGACUUCUCAUCUGAUCCUUGGCCAAGCAUCUCUGAUGGCGCAAAAGACUUGGUUCAGAAAAUGCUUGUAAGAGACCCCAAGAGAAGACUAACGGCACAUCAAGUAUUAUGUCAUCCAUGGGUUCAAAUUGACGGUGUGGCUCCAGAUAAACCUCUGGACUCUGCUGUUUUGAGCCGUAUGAAGCAAUUUUCCGCCAUGAACAAGUUCAAGAAAAUGGCUCUUAGAGUCAUAGCAGAGAGCUUAUCUGAAGAAGAAAUAGCCGGUUUGAAAGAAAUGUUCAAGAUGAUUGACGCAGACAAUAGUGGUCAGAUAACUUUCGAAGAACUGAAAGCAGGACUAAAACGAGUCGGUGCCAAUCUCAAAGAGUCAGAGAUUCUUGACCUGAUGCAAGCUGCUGAUGUGGACAACAGCGGAACGAUAGACUACAAAGAGUUCAUAGCUGCAACAUUGCAUCUAAACAAAAUAGAGAAAGAGGACCAUUUGUUUGCUGCCUUCUCCUACUUUGACAAGGACGGGAGCGGAUUUAUCACCCCGGACGAGCUUCAACAUGCUUGUGAAGAGUUUGGUGUUGAAGAUGCCCGCAUUGAAGAAAUGAUGCGUGAUGUUGAUCAAGACAAGGAUGGAAGAAUAGACUACAACGAGUUUGUGGCGAUGAUGCAGAAAGGGAGCAUCAUCGGAGGACCUAUGAAGAUGGGUUUAGAGAAGAGCAUUAGCAUAUCUCUGAAACACUAGCUUUCAGACACAAACCCAAAGACCAAGAAGUAUUUAUAAAUGAUGAUUAUGAUGAUUGUGUUUCUUUUUCUCAAUAUUGUGAUGAGAUUUUGUUAUUAUUAGACUGGUUUAGGCAGAUCAUUUUUCUGUAGUGUGUAACUUCUAUGCAUAUACACAUAGUUCUUUGUUUCUGUCUGUAACUUUUGGCUACUGUGAGAGAAGAGAACUCUACACAAUGUGCAUUGAAGACGCAUCUUAUAUUCAGCCACAUUGGCAAGAUACAAACAAAUGUAUGAUAAAAGAACUCACUUGGUGAUCAUGUUUUUGAUUAA